AUGCCCAUCACCAACCCUUGGAACUCAUCUGGGCCGGAAAUUCCUCCUCCACCGUCUUCUCGACCCACAGCAUAUGGUUCAUCCGCAAAUCGCGGUCCACCACCUAUCCCACCUUCUCGCCCAACUCAGUACUCAUCCCUCAGCGACUUGACUCGCGGUACAGCUCAAGCUCAUACCGAAUAUCAAUACUCUCCACAGCCAGAGUCCAUGGGAUACCGACCUCGACCAGAGCAACAAUCGUCCUACGGUGCAUCCGGUAGACAGAUGCCGCCGCUACCCAGUAACUACGGACGAGAAAUCCCCCCUGUUCCACCGAGACAUGCGCCUGUGGGAGAGACUCGACCUGCGGCUGCUCCAGUUCAAUCUGGAUGGAGAGGUGCCGCCGCUACCGCUGGAUCCUAUGUCCCGCCCAGUGUCAGCGCCACGGCCUCCAGUGUAGCGGAUCGAGCUCGAGACGGAUUCGAUAGCGUCUUCACGAACGAACGUAAAGGACAAGUGAUGUCUGGCGUCGGCAAGGCAGCCGCUGGCGCCGCAAAGCUUACUGGGAAAGCUGCUUGGUCUAUUGGCAAGUUUGCAGCGAAAUGA